GCUUCUUCACCAUGUUCUUUGUCUCCUUUAUAAUCUUCACUUUUCUACAACUAAUGAGUAUCUAUUAUGAUUCUUUUUCACCAAAAAUUACUCUCUAAAUACUUGAAAAAUCUUCAAUCUAAUGGCUUCAGAAUCGGAGUCAGCUUCGUUGAUGGAGAAUUUGAUGAAUUCCAGAAACAGAGAUCCUUCUUUGUUUUUACCUUUCAUUUUAUCCUUCACGAACAAUUCAAAUUCACCAAACCCAGUUCAAGAUUCAUCUAACCCAGAUCAGGAAACAAGGGAAUCAACAACCCGAUCUGAAUUUUCCGAUCGGAUCAUACUCGUAAACCCGUUAACCCAAAGUAUGGUUAUAAUGGAAACCCGUACAUCUUCUACCUUGGAAACUUUUAUGAACGAAUUGAUGAGUAAAGAAGGCCAACCACCAGCUUCCAAAGCAUCAAUUGAUGCAUUACCAAGUGUUGUGAUUUGUGAAGAAAGUGAAAAAGGGGAGUGUGUGGUUUGUUUGGAUGAAUUGGGAAUUGGUGGUUUGGUAGUGAAAGAAAUGCCUUGUAAGCAUAGAUUUCAUGGUAAUUGUGUUGAAAAGUGGUUGAAGAUUCAUGGGUCGUGUCCAAUUUGUAGGUAUAAAAUGCCAGAAGAAGAUGGUGAUUCGAACAAUAAGAGUGAAAAUCGAGGAAGAAGGAGAGAGAUUUGGAUGAGUUUUUCUGUUGGAAAUGAAAGGAGAAGUGAAGAGAAUGGUAAUAAUCAAACAGUUUCAGCUAAUUUCAGUUCAGAAAAUGAACAUGAUCAUGCACCAGAGGCUUAGAGACAAAAAUUAGUUUCAAAUUUUGAAGUUUCUUUCAGAAUAAUGUCUUUUUGUACAGAGAUAUAUUUUGUUGUUAAUUGGAUGGUGAAAUGGAUAUUUAUUUUUCAUGUUCAA